GUUACCUGCACGCGCUCGUGGAACGCACUUGCACACAGCUCUCGGCCUCGUCGGUGGUUUUGCUCGUACAAUAUACAAAGUACAAUAGCUGUUGGUGGCUGUUAACAACUUAUUGAUUGGCAGUGAAAGUAGAUUACGUAGUUUACUGAUAAGACAGAAACAGGAUUACAAUAGAACACACCGAGCUGUGCGAAGAGUUCAAUGGUUAGUCUGUCGACAGUCGUGGCUGGUUUCGAGUGCGGAUUUUAACCGAGUUUCUAUCCGUUCAUACCAUGGGCAUUAAGGUCAAGGAGGUGACACCGGGGCAGGUUGAGGAACUGCGUGAAAAGUUCAACAGCAAAUAUGCCUCAACACCGCCAGCAGCACCGUUCCAUCCGGUUGAUAUUGAUCGCAUACGCAACGAUCAUGUCUGGCUGCAGCGAUUCCUGGAAAUGUAUGAUUUGGAUAUGGAGGCAUCCAUGGCCAAGCUAUGGGAAACCUGCGCCUGGCGCCAGUCGUACGGGGCGAAUGAUCUGGACGAGAGUAAAUUGAACCAGGAGUAUCUGAAGGAGGGUUCCGUGUUUGUCCACAGCAACGAUGUGGAUGGCAAACCAUUGUUGGUUUUUCGCGUCAGGUUGCACAGUAAAUCCAAAAGUUUGGACGAACUAAUUCGCAUUGUGAUCUACUGGGUGGAGAGGACUCAGCGGGAGAAGCACAUGACACAGGUGACCAUAUUCUUUGAUAUGGCGGGCACGGGUCUGGCCACCAUGGAUCUGGACUUUGUCAAGCGUAUUGUGGAGACGUUCAAGAUGUACUACCCCAAUGCCCUGAACUAUAUUUUGGUGUUUGAACUGGCCUGGGUGCUCAACGCUGCCUUUAAGGUCAUCAAGACCCUGCUGCCGCCCAAAGCGGUGGAGAUUCUGAAAAUGAUAUCGAAAAAGGACAUCGGCCAAUACAUUGCCAAGGACAACAGCCUGACCAGCUGGGGUGGCGGCGACGACUAUGAGUACAGCUUUGUGGCUGAAACGAAACGGGUGGUGGCAUCAAAGCCAGUCGACAGCACCGACGAUGACCAGCUCGGACUGGGCGGGGACAAGAAGGUACACUUUGCCACAACCGCUCCCAUGGUGCUGAAGGAGUCCAACAUCGGGGACAUGCACACCCCAACAGAGGGCAUGUUGCAACUGGAGCAGAAAGAGUUUGUCAACUUCAAUCCGAAAAAUGCGGAGGCCACGGUGAACUUCAAGUCCAUCGCCAAGGUGCCAGUGACCUAUAAGAUUCAAACCACAUCGCCAGAAAAGUUUCGCGUGCGUCCACGAUGCGGCAUCAUAUCGCCCAACGAGAACACAGAAAUAAGCAUUUGGCUAAAGUCGGAAUACAAACUGAGCGACGAUAGCAAAGACAAAUUCCUUGUGAUGGCCAUGCUAGCCCCUGGACUCUGCGGUGGAGCAGAUGUGGCAGACCUGUGGCGAAACAAGUGCACAGGUGGCCCGGAAAUAGAGCAGCAUCGUUUGGUCUGUCGCUUUGAUGAUGCAGCAUCCAAAUGCGCGGGCAAGGCAACAAGCGAAACAGCUUUCGACUGCGGAAAAGGUGGAAAGCCGGACUUGCAGACCCAGGUCAAGUCACUGUCCAGGCGCUUAAAGAUUGCAAAUGGCAUCCAGUCUUUAACGUUGCUACUGGUUCUGGUGCUGUGUGCUGCUGUCGGGUUUCUAUAUUUUGAACAUUAUUAUCCCCCUGGGGCCGGGAGCUGCGGCAAGCAAUCUGCCGCUUUUUGUCCCAAUAAGCGCAAAUAAUAUUUACUGUUUCCUUGUAAUCUGACCAAGCAGGAUGAGAAGAAGGUGGCUGAUGCCACUGCCAAUUACAAAAGCAAUAAUAACCACGACUGCUAUGAACUAGAAAACUACGCAUGUGCUUUCGAUUUAAUGGACCUGGGACUAGACUACAGCGAAGCCAAUUAUAUCGACUGUUUGGAGACCCUCAUCCAAGCCCAGCUGCAGCUGAGGCGCAGCUGCAAUGCACAUCAACUGAGCGGCGGUGUAGUUGGCGGUGGUCAUCUGCUUGGUCUUAUUGCAUUUGCACGCAAAUUUAUGCGUGUCAUCCUCUCGCUAUCGCUGCUAUGCGGCAUACUAAUCGUCAGCUUCUACCUGGGCAGUACCUAUGACGAAAAUCAGGCCGCAACCACAUCCCUAGCCACCCUCGACUCAGGGGCCGCCGGAGGCAAUCGUCGACAGCCGUGUUAUUUGUAGUCUAGCCAAAAUCACUAUCGACUAUGUACAAUAUGCUAAAAAUGCGUUCUAAAUUCCAGUUAUAUGAUAUUCAAAUAUGAGUAAAUGGUUUAUCCUAGUUGCCUCUCUUAAAUUAAAUACCUCCCACAUUACCAUCAGCAAUCUCUCUCCCCGCUUGAGCCAAGAAUUUAUAGUUUUAUAGGAUAUGUCUUUUGUAAAUUAUAGACCUGAAACAUUACGGAGUAAAACAGUUAAUUAGUAAGUAAAUCAAAUCUAAACUUGUUUCAUUUGUCCAUUUAAAUACAACAUUUACUAAUGUUUUGUA